UGGGGCAAGGUAGAGGGAGAGGAGUUAGAAUGCGUGGUGGCGCUCAAAGAAGGACCAGAGCUAGGGUAACUGAUCAAAUAAGAGCUACUAUCAUUGACCAUGUCAUAAACCACGGGCUAUCAUACAGAGAGGCUGGUGAACGAGUACAGCCAAAUCUCAGCCGGGACACAGUGGCAUCCAUUGUCCGUAUUUUCAGAGAAACCAACAGGAUUCAACGUCUACCUCCCUCAGGGGGCAGAGGAAAGCUCCUGAAUGAAGAACAGGAACGUGCUAUUGUCAACAUGGUGAUUGCUGACAAUGAAAUAAAACUGAAGGACAUUCAGUCCAGAGUUGUAGAGGACAACCUUGUCUUUGGGAACAUUGCAGCAAUCAGCAUAACAUCCAUUUCUCGGACUCUAGCUAAACACAGAGUCCGAAUGAAACAACUAUACAAAGUUCCUUUUGAAAGGAACAGUGAGCGCAUCAAAGAACUCUGUCACCAAUACGUCCAGAGAGUCAUGGAGUUGGAGGCCAAUCAAGUCCCACAUGAAAUUAUCUAUGUUGACGAGGCUGGCUUCAACUUGGCAAAAAGGCGUCGCCGUGGGAGAAACAUAAUUGGCAAAAGGGCCACAGUUACCGUGCCGGGCCAGAGAGGAGCCAACAUUACCAUGUGCGGCGCAAUCUCCAACAACGGUGCACUCCUGCAUAAAUGA